AUAGAGUCGGGAUUCUAAACCAAGAGGAGCGCUCCGAACGUCAACCGGAAGCUCGUGAGCGGAGACGAUUUGAUGCUAUGGCGUCAUCAUACAUCGACGGUGGUUGUGAGAAAGGGAGCAAUAUGUCGCCGUUGUCGUUUUGCUCGACUGAAGCAAAAAAUAAAUUCACGGCUGCCACCAGAGAAGCAGUAGGGUGCAAGAACCUCAAACCUUUGCUGAACAUAUUUAGCCAGCUGCCUGGAAGUGAAAAUGAGAAGAAGCUGGCACUCGAUCAAGUAUUUAGAGUUGUUCUAGAGGAGGAAAUUAUAAACCAAGUGUCGUGUAACAACUGUCUUGCUAUUAUUUCACUGGCCAUAAAUGGGGUUACAGAUGGUAUUUGCACUGCAACCACCCCAUUUGUGCUCCUGGGAGAUGUGCUUGACUGUCUGCCUCUGGCAUAUUGUGACAAGAUCUUCACGUUUGUAGAAAAAAAUGUUGGUACCUGGAAAUCUAAUACCUUUUACUCAGCGGGGAAAAAUUACCUCCUUCGGAUGUGUAAUGACCUCUUAAGAAGACUAUCAAAAUCUCAGAACACGGUUUUCUGCGGAAGGAUUCAACUAUUCCUUGCACGACUCUUUCCUCUCUCUGAAAAAUCAGGUUUGAACUUGCAGUCACAGUUUAAUCUGGAAAAUGUCACUGUAUUUAAUGCCAAUGAGCAGGAAAGCACCUUGGGGCAGAAGCAGGUGGAAGAAAAAGAUGAUGGGAUGGAGAUUGAAGAAGGGGAAAUGGGAGAUGACGAUGCACCCAAUAGUUCAUCUAUUCCAAUAGAUUACAACCUGUAUAGGAAGUUCUGGUCAAUUCAAGACUACUUCAGAAAUCCUGUGCAGUGUUACGACAAGAACUCCUGGAAGACCUUUCUCAAAUUUUCAGAUGAAGUUCUUACUGUAUUUAAAAGUUAUAAGCUGGAUGAUACUCAGGCGUCAAGGAAGAAAAUCGAAGAACUGAAAUCUGGAGGAGAACAUGUAUAUUUCGCCAAAUUCUUGACUAGUGAAAAGUUAAUGGAUCUGCAGCUGAGCGACAGCAACUUCCGCCGUCAUAUAUUGGUACAGUACCUUAUUCUGUUUCAGUAUCUGAAGGGACAAGUCAAAUUUAAAAGUUCCAAUUAUAUUCUUCUAGAUGAACAAUCUCUCUGGAUUGAGGAUACCACUAAACUUGUCCACCAGCUCCUUUCUGAAAUACCCCCAGAUGGGGAAAAGUUUUCUAAAACAGUGGAGCAUAUACUGAAUACAGAAGAAAACUGGAAUGCAUGGAAAAAUGAAGGCUGUCCAAGUUUUGUAAAGGAAAGACCAACCGAAACAAAGCCACAGAAAAUGGCAAGAAAACGACCAGUGCCAGAGGAUUUUCUAGGAAAAGGUUCAAAUAAAAAAAUGUCACUUGGAAAUGACGAAUUAACCCGGCUUUGGAAUCUGUGCCCUGACAACAUGGAAGCUUGUAGAUCUGAGAGCAGGGAGUUUAUGCCAUCUUUGGAACAGUUCUUCGAAGAGGCCAUUGAACAAGCAGAUCCUGAAAAUAUGGUGGAAAAUGAGUACAAGGUGGUGAAUAAUGCCAAUUAUGGCUGGAGGGCACUCAGAUUGCUGGCACGCAGAAGCCCCCAUUUCUUCCAACCUACCAACCAGCAGUUUAAAAGCUUACCAGAAUACCUUGAGAAUAUGGUGAUCAAGCUAGCUAAAGAGUUGCCUCCACCAUCAGAAGAAAUAAAAACGGUGGACGAAGAUGAAGAUAAUGAAUCUUUGCUAAAGGAAAAUAAUGAAAGUCCAGCAGAAGAACAACAGAAACUGAGCAUGACAAGCGAGCAAAUCGAGUCAUUCGCUAACAAACUGGGAGAGCACUGGAAGACACUCGCCCCUUACCUGGAUAUGAAGGAUUUGGACAUUAAAAUGAUAGAAUCUGACACCGAGGAUGCUAAAAUGAGAGCUAAGCUGCUGCUUCUCGGUUGGCAAGAACGGGAGGGAGGCCAGGCAAACAUAGAGAUUCUAAUAAGUGCACUGAACAGCGCUGGCUUAAAUGAAUUGGCAGAAAAUCUAACCAAUGACUCCGAAAAUGGUUCCUGAUCAUCACCUGGAUGAAUUAUUGUGGGCUAGGACUUCCUACCCACUGCUGGCUGCACAAGCCGUAUACAAGCCUUUCAUGUAGAGAUUUGUCUUUUUUUUAUGUGAUAAGAAUUGUAGGAUGGGAGGGGUUGAAUGUUUAUUAAAGCAUUUUCUAUUUCAA